UCCGCCCAGUGUAUCGAGGCCCUUUGCUGGGACAAGUGAUUGGCCCAGUGAAUGUUUGUAGCUCCAGCCCUGAAGGUAUUUCCUGAUUGGUUGCUGUGAGUAGUAUGGGUCAGUGUCGAAGCCCACGUACAAGCGUGGUCAUUCAGUGGCUGUGAACAGUGCUUGGUUUUCAUCCUGCUUACAUGUAGUCGCUCGGAGGCAGGCAGACACACAGGGACUGUGGGUUGCUAUGGCUAUAUUCUUAUUAUCGUAUAAUGGUCUGCAGUUUACACUAAUUAUUCUUCUGCUGCAUGUAGGUAAUUGCUUUCAGGCGGACCCAAAUCUCUGUGAUUCAAGUUGUGCUGGCUUUUCUACCCCUGAUUUGUCGUAUCAGAGAGGGGUGAGGUACACUUACAGGUACAGCACAACAGUCACCACAACCCUUCAUGGUUCUAAUGCUGGUAGGAAUGGACUGGCUUUGGACUGUGUGGUUGAUAUUGAUGUGGUUUCCAAGUGUCACCUAAUGAUGCAGAUUAGGAAUCCACAGAUAAAGCGUCUUUCUCCUCAGAAGGAGCACUCUGUUCAGCGCCUAAAAAGUUUAAGGGAGUCACUGGAGAGAACGCGCCUCAAGUUCUCCCUCCAGGGGGGAAAGGUCACGGCCCUGUGUCCUCAGGAGGGGGAGCAGGUGUGGGCCCUUAACAUUAAAAGGGCUCUACUGAGCAUGCUCCAGACCUCCGACAUGGUCUCCAAACUGGAAUUAAAGAAUGAGACAGAUGUGUACGGGACAUGCAGCAGCAGGUAUGAGCGGCGAGGGCCUGUGCUGCUGAAGAUCAGGGAUAUAAAACAGUGCCAACAGAGCAGACUGGCAAACUUCUGGCCUCAUUCAGUGUCUAUGUCUGAUGAUACAUCAUUGCAGUCAGAGCUGCACUGUAUUCAACGCCAUCGAUCGACUGUGAUGGAAGAAGUCAACUGCACUGAAGUCGUUUCCAUAGCAACAUCAUCCAGAACAGCCGGACGAGUAAAAACCCAAACCGUGUCUACUCUGAUCCUGCUCAGAGCUCAGCCGUGGACACCACCAGGACCAGAUUCUUUAGGCCGUGGUGCAUUCACUGACCUGCUGUUUGAGGAAGAGGCAUCUGUUCGAGCAGGAAGAAACAAAGCGUCGACACCUCAGCAAGCCAGUCACACUAUCAGGAUGUUAUGCAGCCUCAUGGACCAGCAGCAGAUAUCACAAGAGUUCCUUCAACUGGUGUUCCUGCUCCGAGAUCUGACGUUCUCUCAGCUGAAGACACUCUGGCAAGAAUCAUCAUUCAAAUGCCGCAAUGACUGGCAGCCGUUACUGGACGCUUUACCAGCCUGUGGAUCUGAAAACUGCAUCCUGCUGCUGACCGACCUCAUGAGGAACGAAGAGCUGGAGGACGAGCACGCUCAGUCUGUCCUCCACCACCAUUGCCCUGAUGCCUCAUCCAUCACCGCAAAUCCUCGCCUCGGUCAAUGUAGGAACUUUACCGCUUUAUUGGAGGUCCCAAAGGUGCGGUCCAGAGCCUUAUUAACCGGAUCAUCACUGGUCUAUCAGCUGUGUCACAGAUCCCAAACCUCCUGCAGUGAACUUCCACAGGUACAAACCUUCAUACAGAGUCUGGAGGAAACCCUGAAGGACGGCUGUGAAGAACAAGAGCCCACGCAGUCAAAGAGUGGGAAACGCUGGUCUGUGGGCUGGGGCCUUCAUCCCUCUGUUAACCCGCUGUGCUGUCAGCCCGUCGGCGGCACUGGAGCUGAGACUGGCUGCCGUUCAAGCCUUCAGACGGAUUCCUGCUCAGAUAACCUGUACCGCUCGUCCCAGGAGGAUCCGGAGGUCAGAACGGCUGCAUACCAGCAAAUCAUGCGCUGCCCAGACCAGGACCUGUUCCGAACGGGGAAGGAGACCCUGAGGAACGAGACCUCCAGCCAAGUGGGCUCAUACGUGUGGAGUCACCUGACCACGUCCUGA